AUGCGGGACAAGUUCAUCGCGCUGGAUCAGGACAAAUGCGAGUUAAUAUACCAUAUUCUGCGUAGUAUCAACGCAAAGACAGUUGUUGAGGCCGGAACCAGCUUUGGCGUUAGUACGAUCUACCUCGCAUUGGCCGUCGCUGAAAACGCAAAGCGAGAGAAAAAUGCUUCGGUGUCGGUGAAGGGUCGAGUUAUUGCGACGGAGAAGGAAACGUCAAAGGCCAGCGAAGCACGUAAGAACUGGGAGCGCGCCGGGGCGGAGAUCGAGGGUGUGAUUGACCUGCGUGUUGGAGAUCUGCGUGAGACUCUGGCGACGGAGCUGGGAGUUGUCGACUUCUUGCUGCUGGAUAUCUGGACUCCCCUUGCGCUGCCUGCACUCAAGCUGGUGCAGCCGCAUCUCCGGCCCGGCUCGGUUAUCAUGGCAGACAAUACUGUCAAGGCUAAGAGCGGAUAUGAAGAGCUCUUCACCUACGUAGAUGCGCCGGGCAGUCCCUUCCGCCGAGUGACCCUUCCUUAUGAAGGCGGGCUGGAUAUGAUUGUCUACCAGUAG